AGGCACCCACCUAGCUAGGACGGGCGCUGGAGCCACACGCGGCGCGCACAAGGGAGACCCGACCAGGCGAACCCACCACCGGCCAGAGACCCCCCACGCGCGGCGGCGACGGCCCGCUCAGGCGCUCGGCACCGGCGGCCAUGGCCCUGGCGGCCAUCUUCGUCUUCCUCCUCGUCUCCGCGCUGCACGUUCUCGAUCGCAUGCUCGAUAUCGCCAGGAAGAGAGGAUCAUUAAGUGAUGAGCAGCUCAGACUACGCGUGGAAAUCACCGAGAUUCUAAAAAAUGCCAGUCUAUUGUCAACGCCCUCGACGUUUGCGCAAGCCGCAAAACUCAAGCGGCUGGCUGCUGCUAAAGAGAAAGAGCUUGCAAAAUUACAACAGCAGGACAUCCAAGGAAAGCAGUCUUUACAUGAUAAAUAUGGAAAAGUUCUGUUGAUUGCCAAGGGUCUAACUUAUGGUGCGCUCGUUCUAUGGUUCUGGAGUGCACCUGUAACUACCGUCCCCAAGCAUCUUCUACAGCCCUUCGGAAGGAUGUUUUCUUGGAGAGGUGUGGAUGCUGCUACAGGCCAUGUUGUGGUUGGAAUUAUCCCAUGGCUAUUUUUGACCUCUCGUGUCAGCAAAUUAUUGUCUGAAAAACUCGCCCCCAUAUUUCUCCAUCCGUAGCCACUUUUGUUUGAUUAUAUGUGCUUUCAGUUUUUUUUUCCCUCUCGCAUUUUUGUAUAACGUCUGAUUGUGCUUCUGCAGCACUUUCUGUAAAAACAUUGUUGGGCUUGCCCGCCCAAAGUGGUUUCUUUGGAGGUGUUUGAUGUAUCUUAGCUACAGAUAGGCCCUUUUCUUUCAAGAUAUACUCCAGACUCAAAUUACUACUCCGUAGAACUGUAAUGUUGUUCCAUUGAUCUGAUUCUAUGAAUGCACUGACGAUCUAAUUGUAAAGAUAAA